UGCGUCCCGUGCGACCCCGGUUCGUACACCGAGACGGAAGGUCAGAACAAUUGCAAGUUAUCCAGCGCGGGCUAUUUCGUGGCCGAGGUCGGCGCGACCGCGCAGGAAGCGUGCGCUCCGGGCAAGUUCACGGCUGGCGUCGGCGCAGCCGCGUGCGACAACUGCGAACCCGGCACGUUUCAGCCCGAUUCAGGAAAGACCUCCGGCGCCGGCCAGAGCAAGUGCGACAUGUGUCAACCCGGCACCUACGCGUCCGAGGCCGGGUCCACGACGUGCUGGCUCUGCGACGCGGGCACGUUCGCCGAGGAGUUCGGCAAGAGCGCGUGCGACGAGUGCCCGGCCGGCAAAUACGCGGCCACGUAUGGAUCGACGACGUGCUCGAUUGCGAACGCGGGCUCCUACACCUCAAAGGACGGC